AUGGGUGUUUUCUACCACGAAGAGCCACCAAAGCAUCCUAAGAGAUGCAAAUGCAUUGUAGCAACUCUUAAGGAACUAUUUUCCCAUUGCCAAACUUUUGGUGGACGGCUUUCAACUGCUACCCUUGAGGAGGAGUACCCAAUGAGCGAUUUUGACGAGGAACAGGAAGUGUUUAUUUCAGCAGUUAUAAGCCAAGCCAUGGAAAAUCAGAAGCACAAGCCAAGCGUCUUGAGACAUAGUUUUUCCUGGGUAUACUCUCCUGCAACAAAAGAAUUGUAUGUGACUCAAACAAUGGCAACACAAGAAAGGGUGGAGGGUGAUCAAGAACAAGACGAGAGAGAAGAAUAUUUCUCUGUUAAAAGUAGUCUCUCAUGUUGUUCGAGUUCUCUAAGUCACGAGGAAGCAUUUUAUUCUGUGAAGACAAACCUUUCACGUUGUUCAAGCUUGAACGAACUUGGCAUGUCAAAAUAUUGGAGGCGUUCAGUAGUUCAGGAGUUUUGUAAUUGCGAGGGAUGGCCUUUUGGUCUCUGCCGCAGAGCUGUGUUACUUCCACCACUGCCUAAGCCACCUUCUGAGUCAUGGUUGUCGCGUCAAAUUCAAAGAAGUACUCAAAUACGCUGA